CAAUCUAGAAGACUCAUAUAUAUACACAAAAAUGCAAACUAUUUUCAUUUUUUGAGAUAAAGGUCUGAUAUCAUUGGUCAAAAGAAUUACAAAAAGGCAUCUCUUGGUUCACAAAAAAGAUGUUACGGGGCAUCUAUACGAUAAAUAGGAGAAGCGAAGUAGUUGUUAGCUUUAUGGUUCAAGAGUUUCACAGAACCAAAACUUCAUUAGCCAAUCCUUGAUAGCAGUAAAAAGCGUUUUGUUCCUUACAUGCCAUAAGUAGCUCCAAGCAUAACGUAACCAAGGUUAUCCUCCAACGUUAGUUUUAGAGGCAAAUUAAUUUUUGAACACAGACAUACUGUGCUUUCUUGACAGAGAAAUGGCCGUAGCAGAUGAAAGUUCUGUGACUAUACAGGCGCAAGAACUUCAAAGGGUUGCUUCAGCUCAGUUUAGAAGGCCUAACCUUAAUCUUAUAGAUCACACACAUAAAUACCUAAGGUUUUGUGUUCCACUUCACAAAGCAGCACUGAAAGGUGAUUGGAAAGUAGCAAAGGAUAUCUUAGAUCAAGACCGGAGUCUAGCUUGUGCCGCCAUAACCAGGGGGUGGUCGACAGUACUCCAUGUGGCUGCCGGAGCGAAUCAUGUUCACUUUGUGGAUGAGCUAGUGAAGGAAAUGCACCCAGAAGACUUGGAAUUGCAAGAUGUGACUGGGAACACUGCGUUCAGCAUCGCUGCAGCAACUGGGAAUCUAGAGAUUGUUGAGAUCAUGAAGAGAAAAAACAAAAACUUGCCACUGAUAAGGGGCGGUCAAGGAACCACUCCUCUUCAUAUGGCGGCUUUACAAGGACAAAGUGACAUGGCUUGGCAUCUUUGUCCAGAAACUAUUCCGUUUUUUCAUGAUCAUACUGAUUGGAUAGUAUUGCUCUUCUGCUGUGUCAACAAUGAAAUCUACGAUUUAGCCUUGAAGUGUCUAGAGAUAAACCAAGAUCUAGCUUUUGAGAGAGAUGAGUCAACCAAUGAGACAAUAUUGCAUAUAUUGGCUCGAAAGCCUUUGAGUUCUAUUUGCCAAAGUCAGCGAUAUAGAAAGCGGUUCAUGAAGUCCUGUUUUAGGCAAACUCAACAACUUCAACUAGUAAAAUACUUGUGGAGUAUAUUCCUUAAACAAGAUGAUGCAAUGAUUAUAGGCAACAUAAGAGAACCUUCACCAGUAAUAUUUAAUGCCGUAGAAGUUGGAAAUUUUGAGUUUCUAGCGGAGCUUAUAAGUACCUAUCCUGAUUUAAUAUGGGAAGUUGAUGAAAGAAAUCGAAGCAUAAUUCAUGUUGCAGUUUUGCGUCGUUAUGCUGAUAUCUUCAAUCUCAUACAUGAUAUUGGCCCGAUCAAAGAUUUCAUCGUAUGUUUUGAGGAUACUAGAGAUAAAGACAACUUAUUGCAUAUGGCAGCAAGAUUGGCACCAUCAGAUCGAUUAAACUUAGUUUCUGGAGCAGCUUUCCAAAUGACCCUUGAAUUAUUAUGGUUCGAGGAGGUGAAGAAGAUAAUGCCACCAUCAUGUAUAGAGAAGAAGAAUGCAAAAGACUUGACUCCUCAGCAACUAUUCACAGAGGAACACAAAAACCUGCUAAAAGAAGCAGAAUCAUGGAUGAAGAAAAGAGCAGAACAAUGCAUGGUUGUUUCUACUCUUAUUACUACCGGAGUGUUUACAGCUGCAUUCAGUAUACCUGGGGGUAUUAAUGACAAUUCAGGAAAUCCUAAUUACUUGAAAAAAUCAUCAUUCCUGAUAUUUGCCAUAUCUGAUGCAGCUGCAAUGAUCUCAUCCUCAACUUCCAUACUAAUUUUUUUGUCCAUUCUCAUCUCACGCUAUGCAGAAGAGGAUUUUCGCAAGUCAUUACCCUUGAAGCUCAUAUCUGGAUUGGUUGCUUUGUUUAUCUCUAUAAUAAGCAUGAUGAUAGCAUUUGGUAGUGCCUUUUUCAUCAUGUAUUGUCAUGGCUCAAAGUGGGUUCCUAACUUCAUUUCUGCACUUGCUUUUAUACCCAUACCCUUGUUUGCAUUUCUGCUAUUCCCACUGUGGUCUGAUAUACUUUAUUGGACCUACUUUUGUAGGAGUCUUUUUCGUCCUAGUAGGCAUAUGCUUUACUAGGAAGAUAAUUAAGUGGCUGUCAUUACUGAGUCAUGGAUCUCUUCUUGUAAUUAAUGUAUUUAUGUAGUGUGAGUCUUGAGAAUUCACUGGCCUAUUGAGGUAUUUAUAUAUAUCCUCUCUCACUUCAUGAUUGUACAUGUCUUUCUUUUGAUUGCAAAAAUUGUAGUCGA